UAUUUGGAUAAAUUUCAGCUUGCUAUUAUGGAAAAUGAAACGGGGAGAAUCAUACCAACACCAAAGACAAAUAAAACAGUUGUUUUGAGUGGUCAUACCAAAUGGCUUCUGAUUGCUGCAAUCUUGCUUUUGAUCGGAAAUAUCGUGAGCAUCGUGGCCUUCGCCACACCCAGUUGGAUUAUUUUCCUUCCUACUGUAACGACACCAACACCAUUAUCUAAUGAGACAGUUGAUUUAGCACAAGGGAUACCUCUUAGAACUCCCGCUGGGGAGUUGUCUGUGUCAACGUCGGGGAAUGCGUCGGUUAGGGUCGGCAGUGUGGCCUAUGGGCUAUGGAGGGCCUGCGCUGCCUUGAAGACGGAUGAAAUGUUUGCUGCUGAAGCAUGUCUAGAGUUUGUUACCGUAGACCCGUUGCCGUUACCCGAUUGGUAUAUAGCAGUUCAAGUUCUUGCAGCAUGCGGACUUGUGUUUUUGAUCCUGGGACUAUUGUUAAUCGUAUUCCUUGUCCUCGACAGAGACAUCUCAAAGAAAUCCUUAAAAGUUGUCCUUGCUUGUAUUGUUAUAGGAGGUAUGCUGUUCUUCAUCAGUUUCAUCGUCACGUGUGCAAGGUUUUCCCAACUGGACGAAGUUAUAUUCGGUAUCAAAAACGUUGAACCCAGUCCGUCUUACUCAUUUGGGCUUGUUGUCAUAGCAACCAUAGCGUCGUUAGGGUCCGCUGUCAUGGUUAAACUAGAGAUUGAGGAGAGAAACAAACCAGAGCCUCUCUGUACAACAUACCGCUAUAAUGACAUAUUUGUCAGUCGGAUGUAGUUGGAAACUGAUAAAACGAGGAGAAGUGGAACAUCGAUCUUUUAUUUAGCUCUGAUAUCAGUCGUAUCAUAUUGUUUAUUUGUUUAUUUCACACUGUAUUAAAAAUACAUUUUAAAAACAUAGGCAAUACAUAGAGAUGGACAUUUACUAAAGUGAUGAGAUUUUAAGAAUUCUAGCUGCAAAAACCUACGCCGUUAACAGUGGCGGAUCCGCGCCCCCCUUUAGUGGGCCCAGGAUUUUUUAGUUUUUGGGCUCGAGAAUUUUGUAGGGCCUCGAAAAAUGAGCCUUCUUGGGCAUAAGUUGGCCUUUUUAGUCAAUUUAUCAAAACUGGGCCUUAAUUUUUCAAAGUUUUGAAUUUUUUUCAAGACUCA